GAAGCGUCGCGGUUUCGUCGCGUCGCGUUCGAUGGGUGUUGUGAACGCAAGGGCUGUGCUGUAUUUCUGAAUCAUAGCGCAGCCCGAGCUCUUGACGUCAGCUGUGCGAGUCAUCUCAGCGACCAAUCAGAUGAGAACAAGCAGGCGCCGCUGUCUGUGAACUGCCAACGCGUUAUGAGCGGAAUGACAAGCCAAGGCUGAACGCAGCCCAGGUAAGAAACCUUGAAGCCAAUAAACAGAGAAAGAAAAUAUGUUAUGUGUAUUAAAAAGGCAAACAAAUGAAAAUAAAAACAGACGGAGGUCGAUAUAUUCCUUAAAUUCUGAUCCCUGAAAAGAUGCGCUUGGCAUGGGAUGCUUUCCUGAGCUUCAUCUAUUCUUCAUCUUCACUUGAUGGAAGAGGGAUGGAGAAACAAGCUCGUUCUGUGUGAUUCACCCUCCUUCUGCUGAAGCGAUGAGUAACCUGCUCCAAAACACUUCACUUUUCAAUUGGGAUGUAUUAGAGGAAAGAAACACGUCAUCUGCCCCGUCCUGGGAGCUGGAGCCGGUGCCCGUGAUCGUUAACCCGUGGGACGUGCUGCUGUGUGUGACGGGAACGCUCAUGUCCUGCGAGAACGCAGUGGUGAUCGCUCUCAUCGCCUACACUCCCACACUGAGAGCACCUAUGUUCGUCCUCAUCGGGAGUCUAGCGUUCGCUGACCUCCUGGCCGGCCUGGGUCUGAUCCUCAAUUUCAUCGUAACUUACAUAAUCGAUUCGGGAUUUGUCACGCUGCUGUCGACGGGGCUCGUCAUCACAGCCUUCUCGGCGUCUGUGCUCAACAUCCUGGCGAUAACCGUGGACCGUUACCUGUCGCUGUACAAUGCGUUGACGUACCACACCGAGGGCACGGUGAUGUUCACUUACAUCACACUCAUCCUGUUGUGGGUCAUCAGCACCGCGCUCGGUUCGCUCCCCGUCCUGGGCUGGAACUGUUUGGAGGACGAGAGCACCUGUAGCAUCUGUCGACCGGUGAACAAAAACAACGCCGCGGCGCUCGCCGUGUCCUUGCUCCUGGUCUUCGCUCUCAUUCUGCAGCUGUACCUCCAGAUCUGUAAGAUCGCUUUCCGGCACGCUCAGCAAAUAGCUGUUCAGCGUCAGUUUAUGACUACCUCGCACUCAUCUUCCACCACGAAAGGGGUCUCCACCCUCACCACCAUCCUGGGCACUUUCGCCUUCUGUUGGAUCCCUCUCGCCAUGUACUCGCUGGUGGCCGACUCUCGAACCCCUGUGAUCUACACCUACGCCACUUCUCUUCCGGCCAUCUGCCACUCCAUCAUUAACCCCAUGAUAUAUGCGUUCAGGAACCCUGAAAUUCUCCGAUCUUUGAGGAUUGCUUGUUGCUGGUGCAUGCCUUACAGUUUCAUCAUGCGACCCAGGACCCCCAGCGAUGUGUAGCGUCUUCAGAUUAAAGCACAAUGUUAGCGGUGGCCUGUCUGUAAAGCACAUGGCGCGUGUAAUCCACAUAUUGUAAUCCAGUGGAGUGGGUAAAUAUUUUUUUAUUUGGCCAAUUUGGUAGCACUUCAUAUCUUUGUGUCCAUGUUACAUGUAUAGUAUGAUAAGUUACUAUUACGAUUAAUUGGUAGUUGGAAUAAUUUUAUAUAACAUAAAGUUUAAUUUCUUUACGUAAAGGU